UUCUGAUCCAAAAACCCAGAAUUGUCAAAAGUCAAACCCCGACUGCAAGUCUGAACCCUUUAUAUCAUUAAAUUUGACCUAGUUGUGCAAAACCCUAAUUUCUAAUUUCCCCACAGCUCUCAACCCUCAUCAUCCUCUGCUAGGGUUACCGUUACUCUCAAAUGCUCGUGGGAUGGCAAUGAAGCGACCCCUCCCGGAAUCGGAGAAGCGCCUCUGCGGCGGGUGCGGCUCGUCGGAGCGGUGGCUCCUCCACUACAUCCGCCUCCGCGGAACCUUCCAGCGUCUCUGCACCAACUGCGUCCUCAAAAACCACCCGGGCCUCUUCUGCCCCGUCUGCCUCGACGCCUUCGACUUCGACCACCCCCUCCCGGCGCGUGAGCGCGUCAUGUGCGUCAAGUGCCCCUCCAUCGCCCACCUCGCCUGCGCCAACUCCCCCUCCUUCCAGUGCCCUCCCUGCUCCUCCUCCUCCGCCGCCGCCUUCUCCUUCUUCAGCAACGCCGCCCUCGGCAGGGAGUCCGCCAUGGCCUUCGUCGCCGCCGCUAAAAUCGCCGCCAACUCGAUGAAGAAGGCCGCCGCCGCCGCCAGGAGCGACGCCGAGCGCCGCGUCAGGGAGGCCGUGUCGGCCAAGAAGCGCGCCCGGGAGGCGCUGGAGGUGCUGGCGUUUCUGGUGAGUAAAGAGAAGGAGGAGAAGGACUCCAAAGGCGGCGGUGGUGAGCUCAAUUCCGGCCAGAAGGCGAAAUCGGAGAUGAUGAAUCCGGGUGCAAUGCAGGUUCUGGCCAACCUUGCUACUUCUAUGGCGACGGAGGGGACCAAUGGGGUGAGGCCUAAUCAGCUGCAGAGCAAUGACAGGGAGGAAGGAGCUUGAUAUCUCAGGUUUGGUAUGUGCAUUGUUUGAAAUGAUGAUCAUGAUGCUCAGUUUUCAGCUAUGGCAGUAGUUUUGAGUCUCUUUGUUAGUUGCAAUUUUAAUUUGAUGCGGCGCCUUAGAAUAUCUCUGGCGACUAUAUAGAUCAUUUGUUGUUGUGUAUUCAUUCUUCCCGCAUACAGUUUAGUGUAGCUGAUAAUCAAUGUGACUCUCCGGUCUGCUGCUCUGUAUCUACUCUGUUUGUCAUACUCUUCUUUUGGCCAGUUCAGCAUGAAAAAUUAUGUGGUGCAUUUGGCUAUAAAUUC